AUGCAGCACCUUGACAACAUGGAGGAUCGCGUGGAUGCACUACUGCGCCAAAUAGCAAAUGGCGCUGAGCGCCGGGAUAAGAUUGUGGAGGCGGUCUCGCAAGCUGUGGCCGACACCGGAAGUCUCUCGGCCUGCGUGGAGGAUGUUCGUACGGUGUCGCGACGCAUGCUGAUUUCCUUUGUGGACACGAGUUCCGGUCUGGCACGCACUGUUGGUGUGAGUGCGUCGCUGGCGGAGCGGAGCUCACGGCGAGUGAAGCAGUUGGACAUGUUGUUGCGUCGAGUGCGGGAAGCGCAGGUGGUGGCAAACUCGCUGCAGGAGAUGCGGCACACGGUGGCAAGCGUGAAUGAGACGAUGCAUUCCGGUGACUUGGAGCGCAUCGUUGAGCUCAUCCGUAAGUACGAGGAAGCGAACGUGAACCUCGGUGGCCGCGCUCCCCCUUCACUCCUACAGGAUUAUGAUGAUGAUGAUGAUGAUAAUGGUGGCAUGAAAGAGAAUGUGAAGGGAAAAGAAGCGGAUUACGCCAACGGUGAGGAGGUGGCGCCGAAGCAGCAGCAGCAGCAGCAGCAGCAACAACAAUUGAUGAUGGUGGAAGAUGGCAACAGGGACGCGACGUAUCCUUCUCAUUGUGCCGCAAACAAAUCAAGAGAGAACAAGAACAGGGAUGGAGACAAUGAUGCCAGCCAUCCCCGUAAUCAUCAUUUUGAGGCGGCGAGUAUCAUCGCCUCGGCACGUGAGUCGGCACGUGAGAAACUGUUAGAGAAAUUUCGUGUUGCAUCGCGUUCAAAUGACAAGCUGACAAUUAUGCAAGCAACGCGUCUUUUGACGCAGCUGGGUUUUUCUGAGGAAGGCUGCUCUCUCUACUGCACAUGGCUGUGUGAGCACACCAUUGCCGCACUCAAGAAGAUGGUUGACCGAGAACUGCGCAAGAUGGACGACCCAACGGAAGCGGGCAUGAGUCACCUUGGGCUUGUGUCCACCGUUCUUGACGCGGUUGUGGCCGCCUUUGAGAACGAGGAGGAGUUUAUACGGGAGACGUUUGGAGACGCAGGGCUGUUGAAGUUGCUGACGGAGUUGCACUGCAAGUCCACCAGUCAGUGUGUGCCGGUGCUGAAGGACUUUUUAAAGAAGCGGCAGGAGGUACUGAGCUCUGUUACAUCGGCCGGUGGCAUCAAUACAAACAGCAGCAGCAGCAGCAGCGGCAAUGCGAGGGGUCAAUUUCCUGCUGGCUCCGUGGAAGCCGCUGCCGGGUCGCCUGUUUUCCCCACGACUUCUUCUGCGGUCGCGGCCACCGUUGACCCGCGACGCACGGAUCAAAUAUUGGAGGAAAUGUCACAUCUCGUGUCAUGCUGUCAUCUGUACUGGACGUUUGCUCAAUCGAAACAGCAGGAAUACAUGCAUGGCGUGGAGGCUACUGGGAAGCAGCAUGAGCAACAGGAAGUGGUGGUUUCUGUGGAUUCCUUGUGGUCCUCACGUGACAAUCCUCUCAUGAACACCGUACAGGAGAUACUAGGGGUUUUUGUGCCUCUGCAGACACUGUACUUUGAGGCGGCAUUUGAACAGGCCCUUCGACUGCAGAUGGACGCGUUACAUGCAGCCGCUAGAGAGGCGUUGAUGUCAGGCACUGAAGGUGGCGGUGAUCUUUCUGCGAGGAAACGUACUGGUGUCAUUGUCCACAGCAGUAGUCAUCAUCAUCAUCAUCACCAGAGUAGUAAAAAAAACGAGACGUACUCAUCUCCCUCUGCAAAAAAGACGGCAAAUUUUAUGACUGGGCUUGCGGCGUUGUACACAUCUACGGCGGCAGCGUCUGGUGGAGAAGACGAGGAAAUGCCAGAUGCCGCCAUGGAUCAAGUCUCCAUCACACUCCCAGAUGAUGUAUUCUUCUUCCUUCGCAUCGCCCUGCAUCGCGCGGUGAACACAAAAUCCACACAAAUUAUCUCGGCUGUUUUUAUUGCAUGCAUUGAACUUGUGCAGUCCAAACUGCUCCCUGUAUUGCAGCUACAAACUACACUGCCGCCGGCAGCACAGCUGCAGCAAUUGCAACAGCAGCGACAGGAUUUUACAGUGCCGUCCCGCGUGCUGCGCUGGACCGUAGCGGCGCAUUGCACCGCCACAUACGCCAGAAAGCUUGCGGAAGAACUGCGUCAAUUGGCACGCGAAAAUUUCUCCGGGAAGGACCUGUUGCGCUUCACAGAGCAGGCGGAAGACAUGGACGCGCUCUCGCGUGAACUGACGACAUCUGUAGAGCAGUGGGUCGCCCGGUUCGCGGAAGUAUGCUACCAGGUGCACCUCACAUCACAUCUUGAGCGUUUCUCUACCCUCUCAUAUAAUCUGACGGAGGAGAUGUUUUACCAUUACGAACUGAGCGAUCCGUGGGUGCAGGUCUGCGUUGCCGCGGCAGAUGUCGUGUUAAGACCAUUGGACGCGCAUCUUGACACGCAUUGCUUUGAUUUGUUUCUCCUCGCGCUUGUGCGACGUGUUGUGAAGACGCUGUGGCAAGCCAUUUUGCAGAAGUCGUUCAGCGGGUAUGGGGCACUGCAGGUGGACCGCGAUGUGCGCACCCUUCGCACUUUUUUUCUUGGACGCGCCCAUGAACUGCAGCUGCGGGAGCCGUUCCUGCUCCUCACAAGCGCCACGUCACUGCUGCUGCUGGACAGCCCGAAGGACGCGGAGCAGGACGUGUACGAGGGACUUACAGCAGAUGACAAGAGGCGUCUGUUGGGUUGUCGUUUGGAAUUCAAACGUGCAGAGAUUGAACGAUUGCGUCUAUGA